AUGGUGAAAAUAAAACCCAACACUCAACAAAUGGAAAAUAUGAUCAAAGAAUGGCAAAUAUUUGAAAAGGAGCAGGCAACCUAUUCCAAUAUAUACCCAAUUGAAGAAUUCUAUUCGAAUGUGGGGAAGACUGUGCGGUUUGCUCCAAAAUUACUGGAAUUGAAAAAUGCCACCCAUAACGAUUAUUUACUUAUUAUGGAAGAUUUACGUUUGCAUGAUUUUAAAAAUGCCAAUCGGCAUUUGGGUCUUGAUAUCGCACACACAAAGGCAGUACUUGAAAAAUUGGCACAAUUUCAUGCUGCAUCAGCACGUUAUGUUGAAUCGGUGGAGGAAUUCCCCAAAAUGUACGACCAGUGUGUGGUGGCGGAGAAGGAUGAGUUUGUAGAACAUCGUCUGAAUGCUGGAAAAACCUUUAGAGAUAAUAUGCAUUUGUAUGGUGAUUUGGAAUAUUUACGAGAGAAAUUG